UGAUCAAAGCAAUAUAAAAGCGACAAGGAUCAACAAGCAUCCACGGAGUCGUAGAAAACAUGUGGUAACGAAGGAAUCAAGUGAAAAUGAAGAUAGAUUGGCUGUCUUUAACGGUGGUGGUAAUAUGCAUAGCGACCGCUCAUUCAUUGCCCUUUCCUAAUUGGUUGGACGAAAUCCAGGAUCUCAGCAACAUGAAACGUUUGCUAGAGCUGCAAGACGAAGAUGGCGGCAGCGGCACACCACCCCGCCUGAGAUGCUUCAUUUGCGUAGAAGAUUGCGCCAAUGCAGAGGAACUGGUAACUUGCGAGUCAGGUUUCAACUGUUCUACCGUGACGACACUUAGAAAUGAAAAUGAAAUUAUGACUGAAGUUAAAAUCAAAGUGUGUUUACCGCCAAUUCUUUGCUCGUCGGAGUUCGUAUGUAGCAAUCUUAAUGAAACCGGUGAUGUUGAGUCAUGUAACGUGGAUUGUUGCCAUACUGAUGAAUGCAAUGCUGAACCGACUUCUCCACCAACUACUGCACCGUCUACUGCUCCACCAAGUACUCCCACUACUACACCUGCUCCCCGAACCUAUACAUUGAGAGGAAAUAACCGGAUAUUUAGAUCGCCUGGUUUCAAUGCAGGGAGCUAUCCACCCAAUUCAGACAUCACGUGGAUCAUACCUGGGAGGAACGUGAGAGGACUGUUGCUGGAGUUUUUAACAAUAGACACUGAAAGGGGAAGAGAUAUCAUCACGAUUAGGCGGGGAAACACUGUGGUCGGCACUUUAAGUGGUGUAUUCCGAUCCAGAGGAAAAAGGUCUCUGUCGUUUCCCUUGUAUCGAGAAGAUAGUCCUUGUGAUGAUGAUGAUGAUGAUGAUGAUGAAGUUGCUGACGAUGUUGAUUACUUUGGCUAUGAUACUCCUUAUGAUCGUUUGACAGCCGGAUAUGACCGUUAUCGACGGCAAAGCCGGGGGAGACCACCACGAGCUCCAUGUGUUUAUGUCCGAGCUCGAGGACAGCAGAUAUCAAUCAACUUUUCAUCUGAUGGUAACGAUACUGGUCAGAGAGGGUUCUCAGCCAGGUUCAAGGUGUUUAGAGGUGGCCGCGAUGACAAAUGAUUCCUCUACCAUUUCUAAAGAUGUCAAAGAAAAGAAACGUUUUGCGUUUUGAUUGAAACAAGUUAUCGGCGUUUAAGGGAAUGCGCUUCAUCUAAAUAAAAGUAAUGAUGCCAUAACGUCAAUCCAUAGUUCUGAAAAACUCCAUGUAUACACUAAUCAUCAUAUCAAAAUGUUUUUUUUUUUCUGAAACUCAGGUUGACAAGUAUCUUGUCGAAUAUUUUGAACAAACUUUCUUGCUGUCUCGCACUUCGCGUGGUUGGGGCAAAGUUUGGUAAGAUUUCAGGACUAGGGUGGGGCGGUCUUUAGGUUAAAUUUCAAUGUUGCUUUGAUCCAGAAAAGUGAUGUUACACGAGCCGAAUUUUAACGCCGAAUUUCAAUAUCGAUUAUUACUCCAUGUUACACGAGACAACUUUUGACGCAAGUUUGAUGCCCAACGGUCGGCAACUGUCGGCAACGGUAUGUUACACGUGACGAUUUUAAACGUAACAUACAAACUUCGGGCAAUAAUGUUGCAAGUUUUUGCAUCGCUUUCAAAAACGUGCAACAUACUGCCGCAACGAAAUGUUGCGUCAAGUCGCCCUGUGCGCAACAUUGUUGAGUUAAAAGUCGGUUCGUGUAACGUUACCUAAAGGGACAAGUGCGGUGUUGCCCUGACGAGGUGACGAGGAAACGAGUCUAAAAAACAAAAAUUUGUGGAGGAAGAGGUGUUGUUGCUCAUCGUGGUAGAUGCAAUAAUAAAAGUUUAUUAUCGUUUAUCGUA